AUGUUAUACCUAAGAGUAAAAUGAAAUAAUUAUCCACUAGGAGCCUGAAGAAAUCUUUGAACCUUCAAAACCUAAAGUUGAAAAUAGACUUUUAAAAUAUGGCAAAAAAUAUGAAGAAAAACGAAUGAAACUCAAAGAAUCAAAAUAUAAUGAAAUGAUGUAAGAUCGUCCCUUCAUUCAAAAUAUCAACUCCCAAAAAAGAAUCAAUUAAAGUGUAGUUGAUAGACUAUAUGAGUCUCCACAUUGUGGAAAUAAUUGUGGUUAAAUUGAAAAACUAGUAAAAAAAUCAUCUGUUAGAUAUCCAUUAUAAGAAAUAGUCAGACCAAUUAGUUCUUAAAAUCCUUAUUAAAAUAUUCCAUCAUAACAAUCACCUCUAAAACAAUCAUAAUCUUUAUAUUCAUAGUAAGGUAAGUAUUUGGAAAAUACAUACUCACAUUCAUAAAAAAUCAAUCCUAUUCGUUAAUCUUAAACAUUAAAUUUCAAUAACAACUCUGUUCAUAAAUCAAAUAGUAUUAUUUAAAUUAGUAUGGAUCUCUUUUAAAGAAAGAAAAGAUCAUAAAACAUAUGUUGA